AGCAUAAAGAUGUGUACUUUCUGAAUGUAAAUAGAUAUUUCUAUUAAUAACAGCAAUAAUUAUCAUUUGGCUGUAAAUAUUAUUCCUGUGCCUCAAACGAAGCGGAGCGAGCCAAGUGACAGAUGUCAAAACUCAAAACAUUAGUGAAGUUCGUGCGCAUGCCGUUGUUAUGAUGGCUCUUCGGGCAGUGAUGACUUCUAAAGUCCCUAUGGUGAUAAUUUUAGGUGCUACAGGUACGGGGAAGACCAAGUUAAGUGUGGAAUUAGCACAAAAGUACGCCACGGAGAUCAUCAGCGCAGAUUCUAUGCAGAUCUACAAAGGUUUAGAUGUGGUGACUGCGAAGGCAUCUGCCAAAGAACGGGAACGGGCUCCUCAUCACCUCUUGGACAUCCUGGAACCACAUCAGAUGUUCACCGUCGUGGACUUCAGAAACAGAGCUCUUAAGAUCAUAGAUGAUCUAACAGAAAAAGGGAAGAUACCUAUCGUAGUCGGUGGAACAAAUUACUACAUAGAAUCCAUUGUUUACAAAAUAUUGGUAGAAAACAUGGAUGACAAUGAAGCUUUGUUAUGGGAUAAGAGUAGAAGAAAAAGAGAUUUGGACAACUCUGAAAUAGAUGAGGAAAUUAAUAAAAAGAAACAAACAGUAGAGCCUACAAAAACCGAAGUAGAAGAACCUACAUCAUCAUCUGAAAUUAGUAAAGAAGUGAAUAAUUCUCAAAUAACCAAAGAAAAACUACAACAAGAUGUAGAUAAUGAAAAAGUUUUCACGAAUGAAGAGAUUCACGCAAAAUUGCAUGCUAUAGAUCCAGUCAUGGCGGGACGUUUGCAUCCAAACAAUAGAAGAAAAAUAUUAAGGUCUAUAGAAGUAUGGCUGAAGACAGGUCGUCGUCACAGCGAGAUCCUUGCUGAGCAGAAACUAACUGAGGGCCAGCUGCGGAAGCCUGGGGAAACCAUCAUCUUCUGGCUGAAAUGUGAACAGGUAUUAACAAUGUCACUUUUACACUAA